AUCUUUUCAGAAGUCAGACUCAGAGCAUGCAACGUGAAAGUUGAAACGUAGGACGCAUCUGCAUUUUCUUGGUGACGAACAGAAAUCCUGGUGCGCAGGAACAAACCCAUUGGUUUGUCUUUCUUUCUUCUAGAACUUCUGCUUUGCGGUGGAACACCACUCUUGCUGCAUAAAUUUGUCAAACCAGCCAGCAUCAUGAUCAGCUCAGUGUGCUGGGUGCCCAAGGGCGCUGCAAAGACAACGCCCAUCACGGUGGACCCUACUGAGGAGGAGCUUGAGGCUAUGAAGGCAGCCGCACUGAAAGCACAGGAAACCAGGGGCGAGGGUGACGAGGAUAGCAGCGAUGAAGAGGAUGAGUGGGAGGAAGAUGACGAAAAUGAGGAGGAGGAAGAAGGGGGCAUGGAGGAGGAAGCUGACCCCGCAGAGCAGGCAAGGGCGGUGGCGGCCGCUCUUGGGGGAGGAAAGGGCAAGCGCGCGGCCAAAAAAAGCACCGAUGCACUGGCGGCUGGCCUGGCAGAACUAGAUAUGGACAACUAUGACCAGGAGGACGAGCAGGCAGACACCGAGCGGCUCUUUGGCAACGGGGGCCUGGGCAAUGCACAGUACAUCAGCAGCGAAGACGAUCCUUACAUCACCUUAAAAGGGGACGAUGAUUCAGAGGAGAUCGACGACUUUACCAUUCGGGACUCGGAUCUGCUGCUGCUGACAGCACGCAACGAGGAUGACGUCAGCAACAUUGAGGUGUGGGUGUACGAGGAGGCGCAGGGCGACGAGUUCGACAACCUGUACGUGCACCAUGACAUCAUGCUGCCCGCCUUUCCCCUUGCGCUCGCCUGGAUGGACUGCAACCCGGCUGCCACUGCUGCAGACCCGGCCGCCAGUAAAGGCAACAUGGUGGCUGUUGGGACGCUCAUGCCGGAGAUUGAGAUCUGGGACUUGGACGUGCUGGAUGCGGUCGAGCCCGUGCAAACGUUGGGCGGCUACGAAGAGGAGGGGACGGCUGCUGAGGACGAACCAACCAGCGAGGAUGGGAAAAAGAAAAAGAAGAGCAAGAAGAAGAAGAAGCGCAACCUCAAGGAGGGGAGUCAUACCGACUCGGUGCUGGGCCUGGCGUGGAACGCGGAGUUUAGAAACGUGCUGGCCAGUUGUUCCGCGGACACAACAAUCAAGGCGUGGGACAUCACGACGGGCAAGUGCGAGCACACUCUGACGCACCACACGGACAAGGUCCAAACGGUCGUAUGGAACCCCGCCGAGCCGACGGUCCUCCUGAGCGGCGGCUUCGACAAAAUGGCCGCAGUCAUCGACAUGCGCUCCCCGCAGCAGCCCGCGCUGACGUGGCAGGUCUCUGCUGACGUGGAGUGCGCAGCGUGGGACCCGCACGCGCCGCAGUACUUCGUAGUCAGUACGGAAGACGGUCUGGUGCGGUGUCAUGACGUCAGAAAAGGGAGGGCGGCGGACGGGGCGAGCAGUAGUGGGGCGGCAGGCGAGGGGGCGCUGUUCACGUUGGCGGCGCACGACAAGCCGACGUGUUCAGUGUCGUACAAUCCGGCAGUGCCGAACUUCCUAGCAACGGGAUCGACAGACAAAAUGGUUAAGCUGUGGGACACGACAGGACACCGGCCAGCCAUGCUGGCCUCGAAGAACCCGAAAGUGGGAGCUGUCUUUUCGGUUUCCUUCUGCAAAGACGCCCCCCAUCUGCUCGCGAACGGAGGAUCGAAGGGUGAACUAAACGUUUGGGGCGUUUUGGACACUGCGGCCGUGGCCCGACGCUUCCCUACCCUAGGGCCCCAAAGGACGAAACGAGAAAAGCCCGCCGAGCCUGCAGAGAUUGAGGAGGAUUGAGCAUGAUCCGAGUCCAAGGUUAUCUCCCUUCUGGAAUCAACGACACUGAAGAACGACACUAAAGAAGCCAGCUAUCUGUAAUAACCGCCCAAACCUCUCGACGUCUCUCACUCGGGCGCUCAACCUGGAUGGCGCCUUGUUUUGCAUUGACCGCAGCUUGUGUCCUCUAUACGAGGUUCGACAUG